AUGUCGAGAAGGACCAGAGGCGCUAGAGAUACUGCAAAGGAUAUUAUUUUGGGAUUAGCACCAUCUGGACAAGGACCCAAGGCACCCAAAGAGGGACAUGCUAUUACUCCAAAGACACCUGAAAGACCACCAAGAACAGGUGAUGAUGGAGCACUUAUUCGUCUUCAAAGUCAGCUGGCACAAAUGCAACAACAAAAUCGAGAUUUGGCGACGGCGGAGAAGGCUGCUAGAAAACGUUUGGAGCAGAACCAAGACGCUCUUACAAGACGACUUCAAAAUAAUGAGUCCUCCGGCGUGCAAUCGAGAGAUUUUGAUGAUGUUCGACGACAAAUGAAUGGAAUGGAUGCUAAGCUCAUGAUUAUGAAUAACGAUAUUGCUGGCUUACGUACUUCGAUGGACCGUCAAGUGACUGACUUGAUGCAUAUCAACAGUGAGAUGAAGAGUAGACCUGUUGUAGACCCAUCAAAAAUAUCCAACGCUACUUCUCAAUUGGACUCGAAACUUAGAGAUAUGCACAAUCAGGUUAUGGAUCUUCAGAAAAAUUUGAGUCGGGAACAGCGAGACCGCGAGAAGGAUAGUAAGACUGCUGGCGAUGGAAUUCAACGUCUACAAGACAUGAUUCGUCAACAGGACCUCGCACGUCAGGAUAUAAUGGCUAAUCUGUCUAAAAAGGGGGAUGUCGAUAAGGAAAAACUAAAUGAAGAAACUAGAAGAUUGAACGAUAAGAUCAAUCUGAUUACUGCUGAAGUUACACGGAAAAUGACGGAAAACCAACAAAAGACAAAAGAUGAUUUAACGUCGAGAAUUGCCGUUUUGGAAAAUAUGAUCCGCGCACAAUCUGAGAGAAUAGUUACAAAUGAAAAUGAGAUGCGUCAUAGUUACGAAGCAAAACUUGCAGACCUCACUGGACAACUCGAAGUGGCAAUGAAGCAGAUUACUAGUGAGAAAGCAAAGCAGAAAGAACGAUUCCAAAAAGUGAAUGAGGCGUUGGCGGCUCUAGAGCAUCACCUAGAGCUUGGAAAUAACAAGAUAGAUAAAUUGAUGAACUCGGAAAUCCAAGCAAGAAAGCUUCAUGAAAAAGGGUUGCUUGCCAAAAUGACGGAUAUUGAGGAAAGAGUCAAUAAUUAUGUUGGAGGAAUGAACAAAUCGAUUGAUGAGAUGAAAAAUGGAAAGAAUAAUGUCCAGAUGCCAGCUCUCGAUACUGAUGCACUCCGACGUGAAAUGGAGGCAAUUGCAGCCGAUAAGAAUAAACUGAGUAUGGAAGGUCUGCUGAAGUUAGAAGAGAAAAUGAGUAGGGUUCAACAAGGAUUCUAUCAUGAUCGAAAAGAGAUGAAUACACGGUUGACCGAUCUGGGUGAUGGAGAACACGUUAAUAAAAUCCGAGCUCAACUAAACAAGAUGGACGCAUUGCAAGAAGAUAUGGAAAAAGCGCAGGAUAGGAUUCGAGACAAAGUGGAGAGACAAAUUCCACAGGAUUUGAACGAGUUGUCAGCCAAAGCCGAUAAUAUCAAGCACCAGUUGAAUACCAGAAUUGACAAUGAAGAGGAAGAGAGAUAUUUGGCAAUCAAAGAACUGCAAGAAGCAUUCACAACACUGCAACAAACACAAUAUAGUGGUGGUAAAACCGCUGCGUCUUCGGACCAACAGAUGAAACGAGAUGUGGAUGAGUGCAAGAUUGCAAUCAAGAAAUUAGCGGAAUCGGUUACUACUGUCAAGAAUGUAUUGGAUAAAAAGAUUACCGAUGAAACUAAGAGGAGGGAAGACGACGUCAGUUCGUUGCGUCGGCAGAUGAAUUGA